AUGAAGGAGCGCGACGCGGCCCCGGCCGAGCGGGGCAAGCCGGCCACCUACACCGGGGACAAGAAGGCGAAGAUGGCGGCCAAGACCAACAAGAAGUGGGUCCGGCUCGCCACCGUGUUCGCCUACGUGCUCUCCGUGUCGCUGGCCGCCAUCGUGCUCGCCGUCUACUACAGCCUCAUCUGGCAGCCGGUGGGCGCCGGGACCUCGGGGGGAGCCGCCGGCCCGCCCCCCGGCGGCUCCAACGCCACCGGCCCGUCCGGGACUUCGGGGGCGGCGGCGGGGCCCAACAGCACGGGAUUGUCCCGUCGCGAGGCGCCGCGCGACGCGCCCCCGCUGCAGGCGGCGCGGCCCGUAUCUCCAGAACCCUCUGCCGACAGCCCCCAGGCCGGGCCGCUGGAGCAGCCGCGGGGGGCCGAGGAGGACGAGGAGGAAGCGGCGGCGGCGCCGGGGAGUCGUUGAACCCCUCGGUGGCAGAGGCGGCCGGAAACCAUCCUCCCCAAGCCCGGAGGCAGGACUUUGCAGCAGGACCGGGCGGGGAGCCCGCGGAAGUGACCCCCACAGGAGUGAACGCCUCUCUUCCCCCGAUGAUCGCCGGCUCGCCCCAGGGCCCCAAGUAUCUGGAUACCCGCCAGGGAAGAAAGGAAGGGAAAGAGCAAUGUCUCUGUGCUUCAACCCUUGGCCUUCUCACAGAGGUUAGGAAGAGCAAGCUUUUAAUCCUUUGAACUGGCAGGAGAACAUCUGGGAGUCCAGUCCCCUGUCCCCAUUCUGACCCCUGCAUUCUGGACUGUUGAAUCCACUUUGGGAUGGAUCGGCGUCUAGAGAGACCACUUGUGGGUUCAGCUGUUGGCCUCCUGACUCUAACGCCUUCACUGGAAUUGGGACAUCAACUCCAGCCCCAGCUGUGAGCAUGCCCAGAGACAUUAUUUAUAAUUCAGCCAUUUAAGA